AUGUCAAAAAAAGAAGGCAGGAAAAUAGUUAAAGAUCUUGAUGAAAGAUUUAAGGAGCAAGAAUUUAAGAUUGAAUCUAAUAACCUUUCGAAAGCUUUAACCUAUAAAAGAAAAGAAAAGCAUCAGGAAGCAUGGGAAAUAAUCCAAAAUCUACUUACAUGUAAACAACCCAUUAUCCAAUCUCAAGCUGAAUAUUUAGCAGCUGAAUACUACCUGAAUGGAUAUGUAAAAAAGGAUGAAAACAAGGCUUUUGGGUUUGCAAAAAAACUUGCAGAUAAAGAAGAAUACAUGAAAGCAUUAAAUAUUUUUAACCAAAUUUCUAAAAGAGAAAAUUCCAAGUUCAAGGAUAAAGCCUUAGAUAUGAUACAUAAAUAUAAAGGGAUGGAAUCUGAUGUUUUUCAAAAUAUUGAACAUAAUAAUGGAAUAUCAGUUUUUAUCCCACAAGGUUACUCACCAAUUCUUAUUCAUGAAGAUGCUACAAAAAAAUUGAAAACUCAAGGAAUUCCCAGAUCUAAAUCUACGUGUUCCAGCAUUGAUCUUUCAUCCCAUUAA